AGCAGUAAAAUCCGUUAAAAAAUCCCUCCUAUUUCGAUGGAGUCGCUUUCCACUUCGCUCCUCAAAACUGCUUUACCUCCUUCUUCUGCUUAUUCCUUCUCCAACCUAGCAACCAAUAAGCGAAUUGGGUAUAUUAAAUUCGCUGAAAGUAGCUCUAAUUUUGGCGGUGUUGGGCUCCGCAUUCAUGCUUUAGCGCGUCAAGUGCCUGGUGAAAGUGAAGACGAGAAGCCUGUGAAUAAUGUGUUCGGCUUAGUUUCUGGAGAUAGCGACUCUUUGUCGCAGGGUAAUUCAAAUCACUGUCAUAGUAAUGAAAAGGAUGCUGAUAAAAUAUUAAAGUUGGAGGCUCCUCUUCUACCCUCUCCUCAUGGAAUUGGAAGUGGAACAGGAACAGGAACAGGUGGGGGAACAAGAGCUGGACUUUUUAGAACCCCAAUAUCUGGUGGUGUGCAGAGUGCAACCUCAGCUUAUGGUUUACCUCGACCAGCCUUAGCAGUUCGCAAUCUGAUGGAGCAGGCCAGAGUUGCAUAUCUUUGCACUGUAAUGUCUCAAAUGCACCACCGGCAGGAAGGUUAUCCAUUUGGGUCCCUUGUAGAUUUUGCACCUGAUUCUUCUGGGCACCCAAUAUUUUCAUUUUUACCACUGGCCAUCCAUACACGGAAUUUGUUAGCUGACCCCAAGUGCACACUUGUUGUGAAGGUACCAGGAUGGAGUGGCUUAUCAAAUGCCAGAGUUACAAUUUUUGGGGAUGUAUACCCACUUCCAGAGCACCAACAGGAGUGGGCCCGUGAACAAUACAUAGCAAAACAUCAACAAGGGCCUUCCCAACAGUGGGGGAAUUUCUACUACUUCAGGAUGCAGAACAUAAGUGACAUAUACUUCAUUGGCGGGUUUGGCACUGUUGCUUGGGUUGAUGUCAAGGAAUAUGAAGCCCUCAAGCCUGAUAAAAUUGCUGUCGAUGCAGGCGAGCAAAAUCUGAAGGAACUCAAUGCUACAUUCUCAAAGCCCCUAAGAGAGCUCUUAUCAAAAGAUACAGAGGUAGAUGAUGCUGCCUUCGCAUCAAUAGAUAGCAAAGGAACUGAUAUCCGUGUCCGUCAAGGUGCACAGUACAAUAUGCAGAGGUUGUCUUUCAAAGAAGGUCGUGCAGUUGAAACCUUAGAUGAAGCCAAGGCUGCCCUUUGGAAACUAAUUAAAGAGGGUCCGGUACAUAACUUGCAUACAUAAAACUCGGAAAAGUCGGAUUGCUAAUAAUACAUUGAGCACUGGUUUCCUACAUUCCUGAUAAAAAGUGUAGCUAUGUGCACUUAUAAUUAGUACAAAUUUAGAUAUCAAUUAUGAUGUAUUAUUAUGUGA